GGGAAGUGGGAAGCCGAAGAAGAGAAGUUGGGUGCAGGGACACAAAGAAGGACGUCAGGAGUCAGCACGUGAGCAGGUGUGUUGAGUCGGUUUUAUUUCUCUCCGUCAGCCGGGGAGAAGUGAUGCACAUCACUAAUACCUGGGUAUUAUCCAGAGAUGCCGCAAGCACCAAGGUCACCUGCACACCGUGCCGGGAUGCAGACAAAACUGAGCGCCUGGACGCCUCUGAGCCACCCUGCGGCUAACAGCAAGGUGUUUGAAGAGCGACGGGCCCUGCUGGCAAAGUGGUUCGACAGGUGGUCUGACGGUCAGCGGAGGGCGGUGCUGCAGGACUUUGUGCUGAGCUGUUCAAGGGAGCAGCUGAGGUACCUGAGCGUCAGCGUGAGCGGUCGGCUCCCCCUGCAGGCCGCAGACUUCGCCUGCCUGCUGCCCAGAGCCCUCUGCCUCUACAUCUUCUCCUUCCUGGACCCACGCAGCCUCUGUCGAUGCGCACAGGUGAGUUGGCACUGGAGGAGCAUCGUGGAGCUGGACCAGCUGUGGAUGCCCAAGUGUCUGCGGCUCGGCUGGUGCGCCGGUUCCUCCCCCACGCCGUUGGAGCAGGGCGUCUGGAAGGGACUCUACAUCCAGUCUGUGCAGGAGCUGCGACUCAGCCCGCCGCAGACUGCCCCGUCCCCACAGCAAUUUGUGAUUCCAGACGUAACAGCGCUCAGCAGCAGGCGUGCACAUCCGUCAGGACCGGCCCUCCUCAGUCAAGAGGCUGCUGUCCAGCGGGCUGGAAGCGGCCUCAGGUUCGGCUCAGUAAAAGACAAGCAGCCCACUGCACUUCCCCCGUGGAGAGACUCCGACAGACGUCCCAAAGACACGCUGCGCUUCAACUACCUGGACAACAUGGACCCCGUCACACAAGCGCUGAGCGCGCAGAUGAGAAGCUCAGCUACCACCUGCCACAGCAGCACGUCGCAGCCACGCGACGGGAGCAAGAAAUCCCCGUCUGAGGCCACGUACAAGCUCCGCAAAGCCAAAUCUCUGAUGUUCCUCAGUUCCAACUGCAGACCCCAACAUCCUCCUCCUCCUCCUCAUCAUCAAACACAGACUCAACCCCAACGGGCUCCUUGCGGUAACGACCGGCCCAUCACCAAGGAGACCGCCCGGAGCCUGCUGCGCCUGGCCCAGUGGAACGCCGGGGUCCGUCCAGGGCCCACGAGGUUGGCGGUCCCCCGGCUGAGCAUGGAGGCGCUCAGGGCGUCCCGACGCUCGAACCGGAGCUCUCCCAGUGUACCACUGUUCGCGGCUCAGCCGUGGCUCGUGCCUGCUACACGCACACUUCAGCGAUGAAGAGCGGAGCACAUGGCCCCCCCCUUCCAGGAAGACAUCAGAACUACAUUGUCAGGACAUGAUGCGUGGCACCAGCUGCAAUUUCUUUGCAAAACUAUUGUGGAAAUGCUGCUGGAUGGAGGAGAGACAGACACUGGUAAAGAACAUUUACAUAAAAGUUUUUUUUUUUAUAUUAUGAAACUGAUUCAAGACUUCAAACAUUCUAUCUUGUUUUAUUAAAAAGUUAACACUUCUUGGAAUAAAUAUCCCUUAGAAAUGUUUUUUUUUAUGCCCCCACCACAGUAUUUUUAUUUAUCAUUUUGGAUGUGUUAAUGCAUACAGUUUGCCAAGGGUGUGGAUUUUUUUGAAUUUUGACCUGUCCUCUUAUACGAGUGUGUGUGUGUGUGUGUGUGUGUGUAUAUAUAUGUUAUCUUUUUGAUUGAUUUUAGAAAAUAAACCUGAAAAAGUGAA